AUGGCCACGUACAAAAACGUGGAAGAAUAUAAUCAUUCUCAUUUGUGUUUCAACAUUUAUGUGGAUAUCGAACAUAGGACAUUCGGCCAUCUUGUCUCCGACAUCACAGUAUGUGCAUUGGACCUCGCUUUGAUGUUGAUAGCUGUUGUGGCAAAUAUACUUGCUAUCGCUGCAUACCGCCGUACAUCAGUACUGCAGACACCAUCCAACUACCUGCUGAUGAUAUUAUCAGCUAUGGAUAUACUUUUAGCAUUGACCGUUCAACCGUUAUUCUUCAUUUGGAAAAUACUGGAACUAGCGAACAGAUUUUCAUGCGAAGUCUAUUUGGGCACAGUCCUCUUGAUAAAUUUCCUUGGCGCGGUUUCGUUUCUUAUUACAAGCUUUCUAAUUUCGUUGGAACGUUAUUGCUCCGUCUUUUACCCGCUUUUGCAUCGAAAGAACGCCAACAAACGGUUUUUUAAACUGGCUUUACUAGUUAUUUCGAUGACGUGGCUUGCUUUUUUGCUAGCUAUGUUUAUUGGUAAACAUCAUCGAGUUUAUUUUUCCGUAGCCGCUUCGGUCGUUGCAUUGUGCUUGGUUGGGACAAUCCUCUGUUACCGAAACAUAUUUCGGGAGAUGUCUCGACGUUGUGGCGGCGAACGUAUAGUGUCGGUGGAAAGCAUCACCGACGAACGCAGACAAGUCGGGCGAUUUAAGCGGGAAAAAGCGAUCUUAAUGAAUAUGGUUUUCAUAGUUGGCGCCAUGACUCUGCUCUACGCUCCUAUUGGCGGAUGUGUCGUAUACGCGAUUCUGAUUGGUCGAGAUUGGUUGUAUAUGAAUUUCUUCGUACCUUGGGCCUAUUUACUGGUCUUCACGAAUAAUGCUAUUCAUCCGUUUCUUUACGGUUGGAGAAGUAGGGGAAUGAGACAGUCUAUAAACGGAGUCAUACGAAGUGUAUUUGAGGAAACCGAUGUCUAG